CUGUCUGUUUCUCUUUCUACUGUUGAGCUUCCCCUCUAGGGUUUUGUAUGGACGUGAACCGCCAGUUUCCCCGCCACACACAGUAGAGAGAGAGAGAGAGAGAGAGAGACGGUGGUUCUUCCUCUCUCUCUCAUUCUCUUUCUCGGUGUGUCUGUCAGCUUGGCCCAUGCCGACCUCUUUCCGCCUCCGCUGAACAUGCCCUUCUCCAGCCUUUUCCUCUGCAGGGCCGUUGGAGGAGGCCGACCCAGGCUUCUCGCCAUGUCUCUUACCACUCCUACCCUCCAUUUCUUGCCGUUGAAGGACUGCCCACUUCAUCAGCGCUGGCGUUCCUUCUACUGUUUGUGUCCGGCCUCUCGCCUUCGCGGCGUCGUCGCCGCCUCCUCGUCCUCCUCCUCCCCUUCCACAGUCUCCACUCGCUCGCGAGUUCUCGAUCCUAGACAGAGCGAUGGGCUAUUCUGUCCCGCCAAUUCUUCUUUCUCUUCGAUUCAGCCUAGUUCGAAGUACGGCCGCUUUGCUUUCGACGAGUACUCGGAGGAUGAUUCUGAUGUUGAAGUCGAGUCCAGUAAGGGGCAAUCAUCAACUCUUGAUAAUGUUGAUGACUGGAAGUGGAAACUGUCCAUGCUGCUAAGAAAUAAGGAUGAUCAGGAGAUAGCGUCCAGAGAGAGAAAAGAUAGAAGGGACUAUGAGCAGAUUGCCGUUCUGGCCGCUAGAAUGGGUUUGUAUAGCCGUCAGUAUUCAAGAGUGGUUGUGGUGAGUAAAGUUCCAUUGCCAAACUACAGGGCUGAUCUUGAUGAUAAACGACCACAAAGAGAGGUUAACAUCUCCCCUAUUUUGCAAAGAAAAGUGGAUAGUUUACUCCAACGAUUUCUUGCUCAAAAGCCUAGAAGCGUAGUGGAUUUGUCCAAUCUUUCUAUCUCAAAUGGACACUCCAUCACUAGUCCAGAAGGGAGUGGGGAUGGGUUCUUUGAUCAACAAGAGACCCAGAAACCUGUAAAUGCGAUCAUGGAAAAUAUCUUGAGGCGGAAAAGUUUGCAACUUCGGAACCAGCAGCAAGAAUGGCAGGAAUCGCCUGAAGGCCAAAAAAUUCAAGAGUUUCGGAGAAGCCUUCCUGUUUACAAGGAAAGAGAUACAUUACUAAGUGCCAUUUCUCAGAAUCAGGUUAUUGUGGUUUCUGGUGAAACUGGGUGCGGUAAGACUACACAGCUUCCACAGUACAUUUUGGAAUCAGAAAUAGAUGCUGCCCGUGGAGCAACAUGCAACAUUAUCUGUACCCAGCCUAGACGUAUUUCUGCAAUGGCUGUUUCUGAAAGGGUUGCCGCUGAGAGAGGAGAGAAGUUGGGUGAAUCUGUUGGUUAUAAGGUUCGUUUGGAGGGUGCAAGAGGAAGGGACACUCGCCUACUUUUCUGCACUACUGGUGUUCUUCUGAGGAGACUGCUUGUUGAUCGAAAUCUCAAAGGUGUAAGUCAUGUUAUUGUUGAUGAGAUCCAUGAACGUGGGAUGAAUGAAGACUUCCUGCUCAUUGUCUUGAAAGAAUUGCUGCCUCGCAGACCUGAACUAAGGUUGAUUUUGAUGAGCGCAACUCUCAAUGCAGAACUCUUUUCGGCCUACUUUGGCAAGGCUCCAAUGCUGCAUAUUCCUGGAUUCACUCAUCCUGUUCGUGCCCAUUUCUUGGAGAAUAUUCUUGAGACUACUGGCUACUAUUUGACUCCAUAUAAUCAGAUAGAUGAUUACGGACAAGAAAGGAAGUGGAAAAUGCAACAACAAGCUCUUAGGAAGAGAAAGAGUCAAAUCACUGCUCUUGUUGAGGAUGCGUUAGAGACAGCUGACUUCAAGAAAUACAGCUUUAGAGUGCGAGAGGCCUUGUCAUGUUGGAAUCCUGAUUCUAUAGGUUUUAACCUCAUUGAAAGUGUGCUAUGUCAUAUCUGCAAAAAUGAAAGACCCGGUGCAAUUUUGGUAUUCAUGACGGGUUGGGAUGACAUUAAUACUCUCAAGGAACAGCUUCAGGCUCAUCCUCUCCUUGGAGAUCGUAGCAAAGUACUUCUACUUGCAUGCCAUGGAUCUAUGGCUAGUACAGAGCAGAGGUUGAUUUUUGAUAGGCCAGAAGAUGGUGUGAGAAAAAUAGUUCUGGCCACUAACAUGGCUGAGACCAGUAUUACAAUCAACGAUGUAGUUUUUGUUGUUGACUGUGGAAAAGCGAAGGAGACUUCUUAUGAUGCAUUGAAUAAUACUCCAUGCUUGCUUCCAUCUUGGAUCUCAAAAGCUUCUGCCCGUCAGAGAAGAGGAAGAGCUGGUCGUGUUCAGCCUGGUGAAUGUUACCAUCUGUAUCCACGAUGUGUUUAUGAUGCUUUUGCAGAGUACCAAUUACCAGAGCUUUUGAGAACACCAUUACAAUCUUUAUGCCUUCAAAUAAAAAGUCUCCAGCUGGGUGGCAUUACAGAAUUCCUGUCAAAGGCUUUACAACCACCAGAACCACUCUCUGUUCAAAAUGCUGUUGAUUACUUGAAGAUUAUUGGAGCUUUGGAUCAGAAGGAAAACUUGACUAUUCUUGGACGUUACUUGUCAAUGCUUCCCGUGGAACCAAAACUCGGAAAGAUGAUUAUUUUGGGGUCUAUGUUCAAAUGCCUUGAUCCUAUUUUGACUGUUGUAGCUGGCUUAAGUGUUCGGGAUCCUUUUCUAACACCAUUUGAUAAGAAGGAUCUUGCUGAGUCUGCAAAAUCCCAGUUCUCUGCUAAGGAUUACAGUGAUCAUCUUGCACUGGUUCGAGCAUACGAUGGGUGGAGAAAUGCUGAGAGAGAAGGUGCAGGUUAUGAGUACUGUUGGAGGAACUUUCUUUCAGCUCAAACUAUGAAAGCUAUUGAUUCUCUUCGGAGGCAAUUCUUUUGCCUACUGAAGGAUACAGGCUUAGUUGAUGAUAAUGCUGAUGAAUGCAAUAUGUGGAGCUGCGAUGAGUAUCUCGUUCGAUCGGUUAUAUGUGCUGGUUUAUAUCCUGGAGUUUGUUCGGUUGUGAAUAAGGAAAAAUCAAUUGCUAUGAAGACAAUGGAGGAUGGUCAAGUCCUGCUGUACUCUAAUUCAGUCAAUGGCCGAGAACUAAGAAUUCCAUAUCCAUGGCUAGUUUUCAAUGAGAAAGUGAAAGUAAACACAGUGUUCCUUCGUGAUUCAACAGCAAUCUCUGAUUCUACACUGCUGCUGUUUGGGGGUCAUGUUUCUCGUGGUGAAGUUGAUGGGCACUUGAAAAUGUUGGAUGGUUACUUGGAAUUCUUCAUGAAGCCUGUCCUUGCAGAUACAUAUGUUUCUCUAAAGAACGAGCUGGAAGAACUGAUCCAUAAAAAGCUUCUGAACCCAAAAAUGGAUUUUCAUGUCUACGAGAGUCUUAUAUCUGCAGUUAGGUUGCUGCUAUCAGAAGACCUGUGUGAAGGGAAAUUUGUUUUUGGACGUCAAGUUUUAAAACCUCAAAAAUCGGUGAAAUCGUUGCUUCCAAAGCCUGGUUCAGGAGGCGAUAAUUCUAAGAAUCAGUUGCAAACAUUGGUUGUAAGAGCAGGACAUGGCCCACCAACUUAUCGAACGAAGCAAUUAAAGAACUACCAGUACAGAGCUGUGGUUGAGAUUGGCGGUAUGCAGUUCAUGGGAAGUCCAUGUCAGAACAAAAGACUUGCAGAGAAAGAUGCAGCUAAUGAAGCGUUGCGUUGGCUGACUGAUGGUGGAAUGGCUAAUUCUCAUCAAAAUAUUAGGAGUGCAUCCACGCUGCUGAAAAAAGAUAAAAGGAGAAGAGCAUGAACUUCCGGGACUCCUUAUAGUAAUCUCAAAAUCUUGCUUCAUAGCCUGUACUUGGUCCUCUGAAUUUAUAUGGAAGCUUCAAGAGGGCCUUCAUCUCUGAUCCGCUUGCAAGAGCAAGGCAGAGGUGGCAGCAGAAGCAGACUGAGGUUGAGAUCCUUUCUACUGAAGUAAAUAUUUGACCCACCAUUUACCUGGCUGGUAUUUAUGGGCUUCAACAUUGGUGAAAGCACAUCAAGGAGCAAGCAGAAGCCGGAUGAGUUGAUGCAGUCAGGUUGUGCUGUCACCUACAUGGCCCUCCGAAAGCAAAUUUCAGGCUUGCAUCACUCUCUGGUUAUGAGAUCAAAUACGAUUCAGAAACGUUAUUCUUCCAGGAACAUGUAUAUUGCCGUCGCCAGCAGAGGCAGUGUGGUCACCAUAGUGUCAACUUUCUGACAUUGGUGGAGCGUGAUUCUAUAUUCACACGCGUCAUAUAAAUCUGCUACUCUUUUGCUAUCUAUAUUUAGGUGAAAGUACACAGCCCUAAGAUUUUAGGUGUCUCCUGGAUUUUGAACUUUUUACCUCCAACUUGAGGGUCGUCAGCCAACCUCUCAGGAUGGACCCACUGUUGUCAAGUCAAGUUGUAAUUUUGACAAAAGCUUAUUCCUUGGGUGCUGAACAUGAUGCCUUGAGUGAUAAAAGCCCCUUUCUUCUGUUUCUGUAAAUAUGUCAAACUUAUAAAACAAAAAGUUUAGUUGGAGAUGGAAUUAGAAAGUCUUGUACUUGCAUGAAAUGGACAAAGAAAGGCUAGUUUUGGUGCCUCUUUAAAGGUCUUAUUCUUUUUCUUUUUAC